GCUAUAAUAGCUCUUCUGGUCAGAAUUGUGCCGGUGGUAGUUCCACUGCAAAUUCAUCUAAAAUGCAGCUUUUACCGCUGUUCACGAGCAUUCGCGAAUUUCUGCUGGAUAAGUGCGAUGCACCGUCCAGAAAGGAUUGGAACGCGUUCGAAUUCUUGGUAAUCAGCUACAGCGUCGCAGCGAGUGAGGUAUUUCUCACGACAAAAACCACGUC